AUGACGACAACCUAUUUCGUCCUUACAUUCGUGAAUUUAUGGCACAAAAAAUUCACGCAAGUGGCUUUGACAACGACAUCAAAGGAGACAGACAGAAGGAAGAGAACUUCAUCAAGGAGUGCAAAGAAAAGUUUGGUAUCAUCAUCGACAGGGAGAAAAUGAAGGUCAAUAAAGGAAAGAGGACGCAAGCCAAAUUAUGUCUCAACAACUUAUGGGGUCGCUUCUCUCUCCGUAACUUUGGAUUGUCUCAAUGUGUGGUUACGGACGACCCUGCAGUCUACACCAAAUAUUCAAACGACCCUUCGCUUAUUAUAAACUUUUUUGAAGAAUUAACAGAUGAUCUACUUUUAAUUUCCUACACCAAAAAGAAGGAAUUUGUGGAAGAACAUGACUCAUCAAAUGUCAUCAUCUCCUUAUGGACUACCUCAGCAGCGAGGAUCCACUUGCUUCACGCCAUGCAACAGGUUGUGAGAACUCCUGACUGCACUUUGCUUUACACCGACACCGACUCCUUAAUCUUUUCACAUCCGAUUGACAACUGC